GGCAGGCAGGCGGGCUGAGGCGGGCACCGCGGGGCCAUGGAAGUCACAGCAGAGCCUGUGCUCUACCAAAAGCUGCUGCUCUGGGAGCAGAGCUUGGACCCUGAGGAGGAAGAGGAGGACAUAUCAGAGCCACUCGUCCCUGACCCCUGGAGGCCCCAAGACUCCUCUGGGAAAGCCGGUGUUCGGCCCGGGGCCUGGGCCCAGCUAAUUGCCGCCCUGCUGCUGCUGGUUGUUGGCUUCUCCCUGGCCACAUGGCAACUGCACGCCAGGGGUAGCGCUACAGAAACCUUUGGCCCUGGCCCCCCUCGACCCAGUGGGCACUCCCACCGCCCCGGCGUAUACCAUCACGGUGCCAUCAUCAGCCCUGCAGCCACGUGCUCCCACCUGGGCCAAGAGCUGCUUGUGGCUGGAGGCAAUGUUGUGGACGCCGGAGUUGGAGCAGCUUUGUGUCUGGCCGUGGUGCAUCCUCACGCUACAGGGCUAGGUGCCAUGUUCUGGGGCCUCUUCCACAAUGGCUCCUUGGGCAAUUCAACUGCCCUGACAUCAGGCCCAGCCCAGACCCUGGCCCCCGGCCUGGGGAUGCCCUCGGCUCUGCCUACUCUGCGCUUGCUGCACACACGCUUCGGCCGCCUGCCCUGGCCACGCCUGCUGGUGGGCCCCACCACCCUGGCUCAAGAGGGCUUCCUGGUAGACAUGCCCCUGGCCGGGGCUCUGGCAGCCCAGGGCACAAAAGGCCUUUGUCCACUACUUUGCCACACUGAUGGGACCCCCCUGGGCCUUGGGGCCCGAGCUACCAACCCAAAACUGGCAGACGUGCUACGCAGGGCAGCACUUGCCCCAACCCCAGAUUUUGCCAAGGAUGCCCUACUGAGUCUGCUGGCCAGAGACCUGGGGCUGGAGGGAUCCUCAGCUGAGCCCAUGCCCACCUUGGAGCCAGCGCUGCAGCUACCUUUGGCAGAGGGCAUCCUGUUCACCACCCCCAGCCCCUCAGCUGGCCCAGAACUGCUGGCACUGCUGGAGGCAGCCCUACAGUCUACAGGGACCCACCCUGACCCCUGCCUACCACCCCUGAACGCUACUGUGACCCCCGUGAGCAGUGUCCUGGCCACCGUGGACAGCAGCGGCUCUGUGCUCCUUCUUGCCUCCUCACUCAACAGCUCCUUUGGCUCCCGAUACCUGUCCCCAAGCACUGGGGUUCUACUCAGCAACCUGGUAGCUAAGUCUGCAAUUAGUACCUGGUCCUGCCCCCUCGUCCUUCGUGGCAGCCCCAAUGACACUGAAGCCAACGUGCUGGGGUUGGUGGCUUCAGGGACCCCUGCAGUGGCCAGAGUCACGACUCGCGCCCUGCUCAGCCACCUGGCAGGGCCCCAAACCCAGGCCCAGCACCAGCACCAGCACCAAGCCCAGCAAAGACCAACAAAGAGCCCCAGCAUGUGUGGCCAAGGGACCGUGCUCCAGGUGGCAGCCCACGCAGAGCAUGCCCACGUCUCCAGUGUCCCCAAUGGCUGCUGCCCCUUCCAGGGGUACUGAAGGGGCAGGAGCAGAGUGGGCCCAGCAGUGAUGGAGUGCAUAAAACGUGUGCACUAAUGAUGUGCUCACUGCUGGCUCAGGCACUCAAAUGCUGGCCUGAUCAGCUACUUGGACUGGCUCUUCUAAGGAAACUGAGAAUAAGAAAAGAGCACCAGGGCCUGGGGCCAGCCCUGAGUUCAGAUCCAGCUCUGGGAAGAAAAGGUAAGAGAAUGCCAAACCCCUGCUUAGGCUCGGGGCCCCAUGGGCAGGGCAAGCAGAGCCUGGGGUACUGCUGGCAUCUCCCCUUUAGGCCA